AUGUCGAUUUCUUACGAUUUCACUGAUCGUCGAAUUCUUGUGACUGGUGCAAGUGCUGGAAUUGGUCGAGGAAUUUGUGUUGAAUUAGCGAAAGCUGGAGCACAAGUAUUUGCAUUAGCAAGAAGAGCUGAUGCUUUGGCCGAACUUGUAGCACAAGGAGAGAAAGCUGGAUAUGUGAGUUCAUUUUUAAAACAUUUAGGAAAUUCAAUUUUUCUAGAAACACAAAAUUGUUGCUGUUGUUGGAGAUACAGCGUCUUCCCAAGAAACUUUAACCAAUCUCAUAACUCCUCUUUUCCCACUCGAUGGUCUUGUGAAUAAUGCUGGAAUCGCAAAAAAUGCGCAAAUCGGCGGAGUUCUUCAAAAAGAUUUCGAUGAGUAAGAUUAUUUUCAAUUACCUCACAAAAAAAACAUUUUUUCAGUGUUUAUGCAUGCAAUGUUCGUGGUCCUAUCAUUCUCUCACAAAUCCUCGCAGUUCACUGGAUUGCUAGAAAACAUCCAGGAGUUAUUGUAAAUAUGUCAUCGCAGGCUGGAAUUCGACCACUUGAAAAUCAUCUAGUCUACUGUAAGUUUGUAAAUAUUUUGAUUUAAUUAGGAUGAAAACCAGUAUUUUAUAUGUGUACUUUUAAUUGUCUCUGUUUACUUUUCGGAUAUUUUCAUAAAGGUAAACUUUUUAAAGGUUCAUCAAAAGCUGCUCUGGACAUGGUUACUCGAACCCUUGCUCUCGAUUUGGGAAUUCAUAAUAUUCGUGUAAACAGUGUUAAUCCUACAGUAGUUUGGACUGAUAUGGGAAGAGAUGUUAGUCAAAUGCCUACUAGAGCAUAAUAAAACAAAUUAUAUGUACAUAUAAUAUUUUCAGAACUGGACGGAUAAGAAAAAAGUGGACAACAUGCUUGAAAAAAUGCCAAUCAAAAGAUUUGCUGAGAUUGAAGAAGUUGUCAAUGCAACUUUGUAUUUAUUGUCAGAUGCUUCAUCUUUGACAACUGGAAUGCCAUUGACUGUUGAUGGUGGAUUCUCAUUCAGUUAA